ACACCUGUUUAGUGGAAACUGGAGCCUAUCUUAUUGAGCGGUCGUUAAUUAUUAUUUGGAGACGCCUGUUGGACGGAUCUUUCCGAGAGUACGACUUCAAAUUUCGUUUGAGAAAUUUUGAUAAAUAUUUACACCGAGGUCACCCAUCCGAGUCUAGUAUUUGACAAAGAAAACAGAUACAAAAAUUGACACCCCUCCACAGACAGCCCAACCAAGUGGGUGGUGGGUUCAACCGCAGGCAUCCGACAGUAAGAAAAAACGACCCAAAACGAAAAUUGCCAAACGGAACUGAAAAUUCGCGGAAAAUCUAAAUUCGAUUGGCACAGACACAUACGGUUGGUUGAUUGCUCGGUUGCUCGCUAGCAGAGGAACGAGGGCGAGUAAGUCAGUCGGGUGCUACUGGCUUCCGAUUUGGAGUUUGGACCGUGUAAGCUCGUCCCAGAAAGUUGGGACACGCGUGACGGACCACCCCAUACGCCUCCCGAGAAAUGAGAUGACGCGUAAAGACGCGGUGCAGAAAGCGGACAAAAUCACACGGUGACCAUGACCGAAACGAUUGGCUCUGGGUUGUAGGUUGAGGGCACAGAAAGACUGUUUGGUCGUUGGAGUGAUUGAAUUGUGUACAAUGGGUUGCCAUGGGUAAUGGAAUUAGAGGAUUAAUCUGUGCAUAGUGGAACUGUUUUGUGUGGAAUUAGUUACAACAGAACGAAUUGAAGUUUUCCGCUGAGACAAGUGUUAGGGCGGAAAAGAUUAAAGGCAAUCAUGCUUGAAGAGGAACUGGAAAUAGCCUUGAAGGUGAUCGUGGUGGGGAAUGGUGGAGUGGGGAAAACUUCGAUGGUUCAGCGAUACUGCAAGGGGAUCUACACCAAGGAUUAUAAGAAAACAAUUGGUGUCGACUUUCUGGAACGGCAGAUCGAGAUUGAUGGGGAAGACGUCCGGAUCAUGCUGUGGGAUACAGCCGGACAGGAAGAGUUCGAUGCCAUCACGAAGGCCUAUUAUCGGGGGGCUCAGGCCUGCGUGUUGACGUUCAGCACAACCGAUAGGGCUUCAUUCGAGGCCAUCCGAGAUUGGAAGGUGAAGGUGGAGAACGAGUGCAGUGAAAUUCCAACCAUUCUAGUCCAGAACAAGAUCGACCUCAUGGACAAGGCCGUGGUGUCGUUCGAUGAGGCCGAAUCGUUGGCCCAAUCUCUGGGCUGCCGGCUGAUACGAACCUCGGUCAAGGAGGACGUCAACGUGGCCAGCGUAUUCCGCUACCUGGCGAACAAGUGCCACCAACAGAUGAAGCAGCAAUACAGUGCCGCCAUGCCGAUCAGCCAGCCCACGAUCAGCGCAUUUAGUCCUACUUUCCAGUCGAAAGCUGCCAGCAACACGAUCCAGUUAACGAGGCCUUCCGUCAAGCGAAAACCGCUGCAGAAACGAUGUGGCAUCUUUUGAGGGCGCGACAUCUCUCAUCAUCGGUCGGCGGUUGGCAUCGUUGGCAUCCAUCCAUCAUUCGUUUGCCUCUGAUGAUGAUAAGGCAGCCGGGAAGUCAGACGAAAAUGAUGGUGGUAGAGAUAAUGAUAGCGAUUGUUUGUUUAUCUGUUAUUUGCUAGUUUUCUUCCGCUCUGGAGGAAAACGUAGACUUCAUGUUAAUUCCAAGUCCAAAAUUCAUGAGACCUUAGAGGGGCUUUUGUUGAUAAUUUUUAAAUUAUAGACCCUAGGAAUAAAGAAGGAGUUGCCUGAGGGUUGGUUAUUUUUCGUUUGUUCAGUUAAUGUUUGACAGCAUUUCUCCCCAAGACCAACCUAAAAACCUACUGUACUUAUCCGUAGUUAUGACAAGCAAGAAGAAAAAGAACUUAACGACACAAUUUAUAUGCACUGAUUUAGACAUUGUAAAGUUUAAACUUAAUCCGAGCUAAAAUAGGUUAGGUAGUUGAAUAAAUAAAUAAAACGUGCCGCUCAAAUACAUUAGGAUUAUGAAAUUAGUUGAUUGUGAAUUAGAUAUGCUGUGGAACCGUUGAAGUUGGGGAGAGCAAUUGAGAAGUUUAUAACACAAACUUGAUCUUAUCUCAUAGGACGAUCUUAGAAAUUAACUAACCUUCUAAACUAUUAAAUAUGAAAAUUUUAAUAUUUUUAAUCGAUCAAGUAGACUGAUUUUGAACAAUACUUUCCAUUUAGAUGCGAUACAUUUUCAUUUGAAAAGUUGACUUCCCGAAAAGUGGUUAAGCUUUUUCAAAAGACAUUCGAGAAGCUUGAAUUUGAAAAAAAUUGUUCGAAAAAAUUUCGGUUUUUUAACAUCUGAAAAUAGUGAUUUUAUGUAGGUAACAACGCUAGUUCAUUAUAGCGCUAAUUUGUCUUAAAACUGGAAGGAUUGAUCGUGAUAUUUUACCAAUGAUAAAUCAACUUUAAUAGGAAAAAAAUCUACAUUUUAUUGUGUUUAAUUAAUUAAAUAAAUAAUGACAAAUUCACGUCUAAAAGCUCUUUUUAGAUUUGGAAAGGCCCAACAAUUGUUGCCUGGAUUUUUACUCACGUUAUUUUGCAAAACCAAACAAAAAACUCCAAUUUAGUGAUUAUGAUUGUUUAUUUUUGCGUCCGAAAAGGAUAAUUGUUAAGAGCAAGUUUUAUAAAAAUAAUCAUGUACGUUUUUUUGGAAAACUGUAGUACUAUUUCAUCCAUUCCAGCAUGACGUCACACCGUUUGCAAAACAUUUUUUUGAUAUAUUGUAUAACAUUUUUGCGGUUCUUUGCGCACAUUCAAGAAUGUUAUACCUCUAAGUUCAAAAAUUAAAUGACCUACACUCAGAUAAAUACUAUUAUAAAUUCAAUAAGAUUCGCUUAUGAAGUGGCGCCUUAAGAAAAAUCAAAAUCAUAGAAAUUCAUAACAUUCUCUUAUGACUCGAAUGAAUUCUGCAGAUGAACACCUAAUUCAAUGAGAGGUUGUUACUUUUCAUAAGAGGGUCUUAUAAAAACAGGAUAUGUCACGUUCGAUGAGAAUAUUUCAAAACAAUUGAUAUUAAAAACUUUCAUAUUAUUUUUCGCCUAAUUUGUUUGGAUUUACAUACAUUAUGGUCGCCAUCAGCAGCACAUUAAAACCCGGUUCCAAAGAAGUUGUUCGGCCACUUUCGGUUCUUUGACCUUGGGUUUUUCCCGGUCAAUGUGCUCAAAAGUAAACAAAAAACAAAUUUGAGUUUACAAAUAUGUUUGACCCUCACAAAAAAUUCAAUUCAGACUUACAAUUUAGAAGAAAAAAAUUAAAAACUCAUCUAAUUCAUUUGACUGUUGAAAAAUGACUGAUGGAAUGAAUGUGUUCAUUAUUUGUUCACAAUACCGUUUCUGCUAUUUUUAACUAGAAUUUCGUAUGAAAAUUGAAAGAACUUCAUAAGACUCUUAUGAGAAUAAAUUUUACACUUUAAAAGGCGCUUCAUAAGACGUAUCUUAUGAAAAUUAUAAUAAAAAUUUGCCUGAGUGUACAUUAGACCAGUGCUAAUUUUUUUUUGCUGCCAUUUUUUUUUUAAACACGUUGUGACGUCACGGAAUUUUAUGUUCAGCUACAUGGAAUAAAUAAAAGUAAAAUCUUAAAAUUUAUACUUAAUUUACAUAAAAAAGUGAUUUGGUGAUGAAAUAGAUCCAUUUAUUCCCAAAAAAAUAAGUGCAUUGAAUCUUAAAAGACCCAUACAUGCAGAUAAGGUUUGAAAUUUAUUAGUGCGGUCACAUGAAUAUUAUUUAAAAGAAACAAUACUAGGAAAUACUUAUUCGUAAAUGCGUUUCAAUGUGUUUCUGAAUCAUCUUAAUAUUUAAUUGCAGAAGAAGAGAAUAUUAAAUAUGAUAAUUUCAAAAGCCUUCGAUCUAUUAAAAAUUGGUUAAAAGUCACUAGAGUGCCCAAAAGUACUUAAGAAAAUCGUAUAAGUUGUAAGAUAAAAUUGAACUUUGGCCUUGCAUAAAGUCCAAUUUUAAAUUUGGGCGAUCAGACCACAGAAAGAUAUUAUUCAAUGAGUCUGAAAUUUGUAAAUUUUGAGAAAUUUUCUCAAGUCUUAAGUCUCUAUCGGCCGAUUUAUUUUUGUUAUCGUUUUUCACGAAGCUUCAAUCAUGAGAAAUAUUUCAUCCCAUGGUCUUAUUUCGAUAAGGGUAUGAUAACAAAAGAUAUUGAAUUUCAAAAAGCUUCUGAUGGGCUAAUUAUAAAAAAAUACACGGAUAAUCUACGCUAAGAAACCCGUUUUUGAAGCUUAAUAACUGUUUUAUCAUAACUCUAAUCGAAAUGCGUUCUUUAGAUGAAAUAAUAUUUCAGAAAUAUUGACAUAAUGCUAAUCUAUAAAGUAUACUAUUUUUUUUUAUUCAUAUAUACAGGUUGUUUUUUGAAAUUCUAUUAUAGAUAUACGAAGAACUUGAUCCUUUUGCUAGAUUUGUAUACAAAUGACAGAUAACGACUUGCUUUAUGAUUCACAAAAAUUCUUUUAAAAAUUCAAUGAGAAUUUCAUUUCUGUGAUAGUUUGUUCAUUCUAGAAUAAGGUUGCCAGAUUGCCCGGUUUUAUCCGGGUUUGCCCGGAUAUUAAUUUCAAAAUUUGACAAAAGUCCGGCCCGGCCCGGUUGCCCGGAUUUCAUUGAAAGAAAGCUUGAAUUUUGCGCGGAUUUAUUCACUUUAUAUGCCAAGCAAACAAAAAAAAACAAAUUGUGUUGUUAAAUUUUUUAUUUUUACGUCUAAAACAAAAUUUUUUGAUUAAGUUUUAUAAAAAUAACCAUGAAAUUUUUUUUAAAGCCUUAAAAUCUGCAAGAGAAAAACAAUUUUCAUGUUUUUUUUUCUUGAUUUGUGUUGAGUAAUUCCUGGAUUUUGAAUAAAUUUUCCCAAAUAUUUGGUCGACAUUUUGGAAUGAAAUGCUCGGAUUUUACCAGGGUUUCCGAUAAAAUAGCCUGGAUUCUCCGGCCCGGGUACGUGCUGAAAAGAUUCUGGCAACCUUAUUCUUGAAUCUAGUUUUCAAUUAGCACAAUUUCAUAUGUUUUCGUUAAAGGCCUUUUAAAACAACCACGUUUAUUUAUGCUUAAAAUAUGGUUCCUUAAAAUCAUUUUGCAUGAUUUUUUUUAUAUAGCUAGCUUUUUUCAAAGUUAUGUUUCAUAUAAAGAAUAAUUGUUAAAAUCAUUUUAUUUCCUUACUGAAAUUUUUAAAUUUCAACGAUAACAUACUCAAUGCUAAAAAAGGUAACUGAAAGUUAUUUGAUGGAAAAUAAAGCUCAAUAAAUUAAUUUUUUAAUAGUGUGCGAUGUAUUUUUGAAUAUUGAAAAAAAAAAAACGAAUGACCAAGUUGGUUAAUAUCCUCUAUAAAUAAACAAAAUAGAGUAGAAUAGAAUAUUGAAAAACAAAAAUCGGUUCUACAUUUAAGGGGUGCAUGGAAUAAGUCAUUUAAAAUCUGAUUAUUUGUUUUGAUUAAAAAAUAACGUUUAAAAUGUUUUCGUUCUUCAUUUUUGUUGAACUUGGUUUCGACCACAUUUACCCGAAUGAUGGCCGGGUUUUGGAUAGAAAACCAAUGGUUGGAUUUUGCAAGUUUGUUUAAAUUCUAGCUACCUUUCCUUAGAUCCUUCUGUGCUUAGUUUUUUGUUUCAAAUUUUUCAUUUCAGUGGAAUUCAUAAGAAAAUGAAAAUUUAAAACCAGAAAUGGAAGCCAAUCAAAAUUCGUAACCAUCCGCCCCUGAUGAAUUUGAGUAUUUAAGGGGAAAGAAGAGUAAAUUUUUAAAUAAAAAAAAGAUGCCUCUACACAGAAAAAAAAUUGACUAUUACCUGUCAAUGAAAACUGCAACCUUUAAAAUAAAUCACCUGUAAUUAACAAAACCUGUAAUUUUUUAAUUGUUUUCCUUAGAAGUUAACGAAGAUUCAUUUAUUAUUACUGCAAAUGUCCUGUAAAAAAGUUGUACACUAAAAAUUAAAUGUCACGUAAUCAUGUUUUCGACCUGAAAAAUUACGAUAAUUAUCCUGCUCCUUUUUGUCACAGGACAUUUGCGUCAUUUUACAGGAAAUAAUUUUCGCUGUGUAUAUUUCAUCUUUUUUUCAAGAUUAACUUAACAUUUUACUUAUUUAACUCAACAAAAUAUAUUCGGUGAUAUUCAGCAUAGGGAAUGAAAUUCGGCAUAGGGAGGCAAGUUACAGCUGAAUGAGUUUACAAGACCGACUUCUUUUUAAACCUUUUGACUUAAGAUUCAAGAAUAAUUUUGAACUAAGGUUAAUGGAAACAAAAUCUCCAUAUGAAUAGGAAUUGAUUGAAAACCAAGUUAAAAGAUAAAAAUGGCAUUAAAAGAAUGAAGUUGGUUCAGCCAGGAGGCUUGAAAAAUGUAAUGAAACGGACUUCUAAAUUUGAGAAAAUUGUAUUAAAAAGUUUGAGUCUGGUUUAAAGAUUUUUGCCUCAUUUCUCGAACUGAUUUUUAUAACUGAAUUCUAAAUAUUGAAGGGUAAAUUUGAAUUAGAAUUCUUGAAUGCAAUAUAAAGCCCUUGAAGCCAAAGGAUUUCAAGUUAAGGAUGCCAGAAUCUUUUGCGGAAUUGGCCAGGCAUAUACGAACUAUUUUAUCUAAAAAACUGGUAAAAUCUAGGCAUUUCAUUUUAAAAUUUGCAACGCAAGAUCCUAAUGCUCAACCAAAAUCAUAGCUAGAAACACAUGGAGUUUUUUUGCACAUAGUCAGUUUGUAAAUCGUGUUUUAGACUUCUAAAAUCCGAAUAUGACUAUUUUUAUGAAACUUGUUGGUCGCAAAAAUCAUCAAACUAUAACUCCAAUAACUUUAUCAGAGUUUUUAUUUAUUAGUUUUGCAAAUAAAGUGAAUAAAUCCGGGCAAAAUCCGAGCAUUUUUAAAUGAAUCCGGGCAACUGGGAUGGACCGGAUCUUUUCCAAAUUUUGUAUCAAAUAUCCGGGCAAUUUCGGCUAAAACCGGCCUAGAUUGUCUAUUUCCCGGCCUUCUUAGCGUUCCCGAGAACCGAAAAAUCUGACGAUUCUUUCCCCGGAAAUUCUCGAGAUCCCGAGAAAAUUUUAAAAUAUUUAGCUUAUUUAGCUUUUACGAUGUUGACGUCUACAACAAAAUUGCUUAACUUUUUACAAUCUAAAACUUGCCAAAGACAUGGUUGCUCUUAACAGAGAAAUACCUACCAAAAUAUUUUUUUUCUUAUUCGAUGCUACGUGAUUGAAUCACUUUUACCAAAAGUUCAUUGUAAUUUAGAUAAAAUGUUCCGAAGACACUAUAAGUCUAAAUCGCUUGGCGUUUUGGCGUAAACAAUUUUGAUCACCUUUUUGUAUCGUUUUCCCCUGUAUGCGUCGAUUUAAUCUGAAUCAGUUUAAAAUAAAUUUUAGUUAUGAUGCAUUCAACAAUUUUUAGCCGAUUAAAACUGGACAAAUUAACUAAGUAAGAUAUUUUUUGAAGGAAGCAAAAUCAAUUUCAUCUACGACACGAUAAACCUUAAAAAUGUAGAAUAUUUUCCAUGAAAUUUACAACAAGCUGCUAGCAGGUUUCUACAGAACGUACUGUUUUAUAUAAAAUUUGAUAUAAUCGCUAAUUUGCUAACACGAGGUGAGUUUAAUUUUUUUCUCUAAUAUUUAUGAUAAAAUUUUUGAACGAAUGAUCUAAACUAUAAUUUAUUCAAAGAAUGAACAAAGAUAGCAGCAGCUGUUUUCUUCCACACAAAAAUUAUUACGCUCCAACUCACUUUCGAUGGAUUCCACAGCAUCUGAUUAGAUGAAUGAUGUUUAAUAACACUGAAUGCAUGCAUAACUAUGGACCCCGACUCGCUGUAUGUAGUCAGACACUGUUUCGAAGGGUUCGUAAUUUGAUAAUUUCCAUUCGAAGCUCUCUUUCCAUAAUAGGACUACUAAACACUGCUCUCUAUACCCCAGGAGAUACGUUUUUUGUUGUUUUUUUUUGCUCAAUUCAGUUCAUCUCAUCCGCCUCUAGUUUUCCCUCGAAGUUAUAUUAAUUGCCCUCCCCUUCAAUACAACCCCUUUCAACCUAGUGAAUGAAUUUGUGAGAUGCGCUCGUCGGAAGAUAGAGAUAGACAGAGAGAGUGAAUGCUAAGUAAUUUGUAAGAUAACACGAACGAACGAACGAACGGGCGAAAGGAUUGGAUAAUAGUAGGUAAAAUUGAUACGGACGAAGAAAAAAAACUGUUUCAGUCAGGGAGUAUUCACUAACUUGUAUGAUGUAGCGCUGUAGGUCUAUAGUUAGAUAGUUAGUAAAAGUGCAGUGCAGUGAUUAAGACACUCUGUGAAUUAUGCAAAUGAUGAAUAUGUUAAUAAUAAAAGAAAAAACACAGA